UACCAUCACCAUCCCCAUAAUCAUUUUGACUCUCCAUCAUCACUCUCUCUCACUCAAUCCCUCUGCUACAAUCACCACUCACUCACUCAUCUCUGCAAUUGGAGUGAGAGAGAGAGAGAGAGAGACUCACACACUCCGCACAGGCUCCAUGGGCAUGGCUUUCAAUCUUUACAUUUCCCAUUUUACCCCUACCAUCAUAACCUUUUUACUCCUCUUCACCCCUCCCUCCAUUUCAGCGCUAAACAUCACAGAACUACUCUCUCCUUACCCAAAUCUCUCCGUUUUUUCUGCGCUUCUCUCCAACACCGCCGUAGCCAAUGACCUUUCCCACCGCUCCUCUCUCACUCUUCUUACGGUACCUAACUCCUACUUAACUUCCCCAUCCUCCGUGGACCUCACGCACCGCCUCUCCCCUUUCUCACUUGCCGACCUCCUCCGUUACCACGUACUCCUCCAAUUCUUUUCCUGGUCGGACCUCCAGCAGAUCUCUCCCUCCGGAAUUCUCGUCACUACACUUUUCCAAACGACGGGUCGGGCAUCCUCCAAUUUCGGGUCAGUAAACAUAAGCCAUAACCCGACAACGGAGACAAUAACACUUCACUCACCGGCUCCUUACUCGCCCUCAAACGCCACCGUUUUAUCGCUGGUCAAAACCCUGCCUUACAACAUCACGAUCUUAUCUGUUAACUCUCUCGUCAUCCCGUACGGCUUCGAUCUUAUGGCGUCCGAGAGUCGUCCUCCGCUAGGAUUAAAUAUUACUAAGGCCUUAAUUGACGGCCACAAUUUUAAUGUCGCGGCGUCAAUGUUGUCGGCCUCCGGCGUAGUUGAAGAAUUCGAGGCCGACGAGGGCGGUGCUGGAAUCACCCUAUUUGUUCCCAGUGAUAUCGCAUUUGCAGAUCUACCUAAUAAUGUGAAGCUUCAAUCUCUUCCGGCUGAUAAAAAAGCUGUAGUCUUGAAAUUUCAUGUCUUGCAUUCGUAUUAUCCGUUAGGUUCACUGGAGUCGAUUGUGAACCCGGUUCAGCCGACAUUAGCCACGGAGGAUAUGGGAGCUGGUAGAUUUACUUUAAAUAUAUCUCGAGUGAACGGUUCGGUCGCUAUUGACACUGGCCUUGUUCAAGCAUCCGUGACACAAACAGUUUUUGAUCAGAAUCCAGUGGCCAUUUUCGGAGUAUCGAAAGUAUUGUUGCCAAGGGAGAUUUUCGGUAAAGAAUCUGCGGUUUCAGGGAAGCCUGAGAAUGAAGUGAUGGGGAAUGCUCCGGCGCCGGAUGUUUCACCUUCGCCGGGAUUCGAUGGGCCCUCUUCGCAUUUGUUGUCGCCUCCUGGCUUUCGCGAGGACGUUAAAUCAGGACCUGAUGAGUUGGUGCAAAGGAGAAGCUGCAUUGUUACUGCUCUGUGUUGUAUAGGAUUGAUGUAUGUAUUGGUAUGAAAUUUUAAUUAUUUGGCUUUUGCUUAUUUUUUUUAUAUAUUUUUUAUUAUAACACUGUGAAUUACAUUUGGCUACAAAAGCAGACGAACUCAUUAUUUUUAGGUUCUGGGAAUUUAGAGGGUUCGGUAGUUGUGUCGAUGAUUCAAUAAAUUUACAUUGAAAAUCGCCAUUUUUUCUUUGACGGAGCUGUGUUUAUGUUGUAAAGAGGUUUUUGAAAAUUUGAUAAUGCAUUCUCGUUAAUUUGAGGAAA